AGCCCAAAUCUCGUUUUGAAAGCGAGACCGUCAACAAAAGUGCCAUGUUUCAAGAUGGCGGAAGAUGGAGAAUCACUUGAUAUUUUGGAAUUGCUGAAAGAUGACGGCACCUUUAGUAAGUUUUUGGAGGAUUCAUUUGACCCAAAGUCAUAUGCAAACACAAUCAUACAGAGUAGAGCAAUCGGGGAAUCUCUUGCAAAGUUAGCUGAUGGUAUCAAUCUUCUAGAUAAAGAAAUCAGAGAUCAGGUAUCUUCACACCAUGAAGAUCUUUUGUCCCAAGCAACAGGCAUUGAAACAUUGGAAAGUGUACUGCAGAGCAUUCAAGGAAGAAUACAUUCUCUAAAGACCUCAGUAGAAAGGGUACAAGUUCAAAUCACAGAUCCUUACAAUCGCAUUGCGUCUAGGACAAGGCAGCUAAGAAGACUUCAGAAUGCAUGUGACAUCUUACGUCGGGUAAUUCGGAUAUUUCAUCUUGGUAAGAGACUACAAAUGCAACUGAAAGCAGGCGUUCGAGAAAUUGCCAAGGCAGCUCAAAGUCUGAAUGAACUCGACCAUGUUCUCGAAGGUGAAGAUUUGUCAGAUAUACAGCUGAUCAAAAAUGAUCUUGAGUUGAUAAAAAAAGCUAGGGAAGAAGUCGAGAACCAGGCAAAUCUUAUGUUGGACCAAGGUCUGGAUAAUCAGAAUCAAACACAGACUGGUACAGCUUUACAGGUAUUUUACAAUCUCGGCUUACUGCAAGACAGAGUCGAUGAAGUCGUCUCCAAGUAUUCAGCGAAUCUACAGGAGCUGGUUGUUGAUACUUUUGAUCCGCAAAAGAUGAAUCCAAACCAAGCAACUGGGCCUGGGCCAGGAAGAUCAACGAUGCCAACAACUGGAAGCAGCGCUGCUUGGAGAGCUGGUCUGUGGACAAGAAUGGAUAAGCUCGUAAACAAGACGUACGAACUUUGUGAAAAAGUUUAUCAUCUUGAAAAAGUCUUGGCCAAAAAGAAGGACCCAGUUUCUCACUCUUAUUUUAUUGAAAACUUCAGUGAAGAUGGGCGAAGUAUCAUUUUAAAUAAUUUUUGGACAAUGGCAAUCGAAACACUAGGAGAUGGCUUGAGCCGGGCAGCACAAGACUCGACGUUUAUAAAGCAAGCUUUUGAAGGGGAAUACCCGAAGCUUCUUCGGAUAUGCAACGAUCUCUGGGCACGUGUAGCCCAAUUCAAAUCAAAUCAGUCACUGUCUGCACAAAGCAACGAUCACGUGAUUGGUAUUACCGCUGACAUAAGCACCAAGAGCAGUGCUAGGUUGAUGCUAAAGAAUUCUUUGAUGACUUUCGAAACUGCUUAUUUAUCAAGAUCCUUGUCAAGACUGUUUGAUCCCAUCAACCUGGUGUUUCCAUCUGGUGCGCAGAAUGUUCCUUCAAAAGAUGAACUGAACAGUAUCAUCAAAACCAUGUCUAGUGAAUUGAACGUUGCUACUGUUGACCAAGAACUCUUUAUUCUUUUGGCACGAAAUAUUGCCAAGACCGUACAAUUAUACGUCACCAAAUGUGAGCAGCUGAUAACUGCAAGCCCAGAGGCUAGCCAACUAAGUGGUGGAUUGACGAACGCACAGAUACUCAAUGCAGAAGUUGCCAACUCUCUAUAUCAACUUAGCUGUGGACUUAAUCAGGUGCUAGCAACAUUAGAGGAUGCUCCGAGUGCAGCUGUUGUUGCUAUAGGACAGUCAGUUAAGAACGUAACUCUGGUUAUGGAAACCACGCUGAAUUUGUUACUAGAUGCUGUGAUGACGUCACUAGAAAACAAGAUGGCUCGUAUUCAUACAGAAAAUUUUAUCAGCAGUGAUUCAGCUGUUGAAGAUGUCGAUGACCAAGGAGAUUCUUCUUCAUCUUCUUACAUCAAAGAUAUAAGGAAUUUCAUUCAAAGGAUACAACAUGACUACUUCUCUAUGUAUGAGUGCAAAGAUGUCUUGCAAGAAUCGUUAAAACCGGUUGCUGCACGCUGUUUGACUCUGUUUGUGCGUCAUGCAAGUCUCCUGCACGACAUUUCCGAAACAGGCAAAAUGAAACUCACUAAUGACAUGGCACAGCUGGAGCUUGCUGUAUCCCCAUUUUGCAAAAGAAUAUCAGAUCUAGGCGCUGCCUACAAAAUGCUGAGGGCAUUCAGGCCGUUGCUGUUUCAGUCCUUGGACGAGAUACAAAGCAACCCAGCUCUUGGUGAAGCACUUCCAUAUACUGUUGUCCUGCAUUUCCUCUUUUCGAAAGCACCUUUGGAUUUGAGACCUCCCCACAUAGUUGCUGGAUGGACAUUAUCAGAAUACUCUUCAUGGCUGGACUCUCACCAGGGUGAAAAUGAGGUUUUGACCCUAAUCAAAUCCACUUUGGAUGCUUAUGCAAAACAAAGAAAACUUCACAACUCAAACGAGACAAAUUUAGUCUAUGACGUAAUGAGUGAGCUGCUCAAGGCUGCUCAAAAUCAUUCAAACAAAUAGAAAUAUUUCUCUUUUCGUUAACUCAAUUUUAAGCACCUUAAUUAUCGUAGUUAAAUUAUAAAUGGUAUCGAGAGGACAUAUUUUCAAUAGAACUUGUCAUUAAUUAUAAAUUAGUUUGUUAGUAGCUUUAUUUCAGUAACGGAGAAUAUUUUCCCAAUUUAUGCCGAGAAUUAGCAAG